AAUUUUAUUAUUUUCAGUAAUGAUUAGAGUGAAGCCCACCGCGAAUCGUCCAUCUUCCGCCACUCCCCUUUCCUGCUGCUCGGCCGCAGAAAGAAAGAAGAUUUUGUGUAAUAUAAAGAAAUCGCGAAUAGCCAGCCCACUGAUGAACAGAGUUCUUUCUCUCUCCCCAUUCUCAUCCUUUAAUCCCUUUACAAACAGAUUGGUUGUGAAAAUGUCGGCGACCGCCACCACUAACGUUGGAAUUCCGGCCGGUUCCCUGGUGGUGAAGCCUCCGGCGCACCCCACCUAUGACCUCAUCGGUGUUAUACAUCUGGCGCUCUCUGAGGACGCCGGCGAUCGAGGGGAUGUGACUUGUAAAGCAACAAUUCCUGUCGAAACGGAAGUGGAAGCCUAUUUUUUGGCGAAGGAGGAUGGAAUUGUGGCAGGUAUUGCACUUGCAGAAAUGGUAUUUAAAGAGGUCGAUCCUUCGCUAAAGGUCGAGUGGUACGUAAAAGAUGGUGAUAGUGUGCACAAAGGCCUACAAUUCGGCAAAGUACAUGGAAGAGCACACAAUAUUGUUGUGGCUGAAAGGGUUGUGCUUAACUUUAUGCAGAGAAUGAGCGGAAUAGCAACUCUGACGAAGGCAAUGGCGGAUGCUGCUCGCCCUGCAUACAUUUUAGAGACUAGGAAAACUGCUCCAGCCUUACGUUUGGUGGAUAAAUGGGCGGUGUUUUAAUAGGCGGCGGUCAAAAUCACAGAAUGGGUUUGUUUGAUAUGGUGAUGGUAAAAGACAAUCAUAUAUCGAUAGCUGGAGGUAUCACAA